AAAUAGAAAUAAGUGACAUCUAUCGGCGUUUUUCCAUGCAGGAACUUGUGACUCGAAGUUGGCAGUAGAGUCUUCAUUUCACUCACGAAAAUGAGUUUCUUUGGCUUGGGACAAACAGCGGAUAUUGAUAUAAUAUUAGAUGGUGAAGACACACGAAAGUUGGCAGAAAUUAAAACAGAAGAUGGCAAAAAAGAAAAACACUACUUAUAUUAUGAUGGAGAAACUGUAUCUGGAAAGGUUAACAUUACCAUGAGAAAACCUGGUACAAGACUUGAACAUCAGGGUGUUAAAAUAGAAUUUAUUGGUCAAAUCGAGCUUUAUUAUGAUAGAGGGAAUCAUCAUGAAUUCAUUUCACUUGUUAAAGAUUUAGCAAGAGCAGGAGAAUUAACUCAGAACACCAGUUACUCUUUUGAGUUCAUGAAUGUUGAAAAACCUUAUGAAUCUUAUACUGGGGCCAAUGUUAAACUCAGGUACUUUUUACGUGUGACAAUAAUCCGUAGGUUAUCUGAUGUAAUCAAAGAAAUGGAUAUUAUUGUCCAUACUUUGUCUUCAUAUCCUGAAAUGAAUUCCUCAAUAAAAAUGGAAGUUGGAAUUGAAGAUUGUCUUCACAUAGAGUUUGAAUAUAAUAAAUCUAAAUAUCAUCUAAAGGAUGUUAUUGUGGGAAAAAUAUACUUUCUUCUUGUUCGAAUCAAGAUAAAACACAUGGAGAUAGCUAUCAUUAAACGUGAAUCCACCGGAACAGGUCCAAACAUGUUUAAUGAUAAUGAAACAAUUGCUAAGUAUGAAAUUAUGGAUGGAGCACCUGUAAGAGGAGAAUCUAUUCCAAUAAGAUUAUUUUUGGCCGGAUAUGAUCUUACUCCUACCAUGAAAGAUAUCAAUAAAAAAUUUUCAGUUCGUUACUAUUUGAAUCUUGUUCUGGUUGACGAAGAAGAAAGGAGAUAUUUCAAACAACAGGAAAUAAUUCUUUGGAGAAAAGGAGAAAAAACAAGGAAAGGCAUUCAGCAGUCGCAACCCUCCACCGAAACCAAAGAAGGAUAAAAAUCACAAAAUGAAAAAUAUUCCAUUCCAUUGAACUUAAAAUCAUCACUCUUGACCCAUUGUUGGAAAUUUCUUCAUCCCCAUGCAGGCGGCGAAAGGAAAAUUAAAGAAAAUAACACGUUCGUUCCUCAUCCGUCACGUAAGAAUACGGAACAAGGAAGCCUUCGCGAGUUUCGGCGGGGAUGCACGGUCAUGAAUCGCCGCGGGGCGUCUUCCUGGAGAUGUCUCGUGACCGCGACAUUAGAUGGAUCACCGUACCGACGAGGAAAUAAUCCCGUGUAAAUUUUGUGCCUAAAAUUGAUAUAGUUGUAAAUAAAU